UUUUUUGUUGUAUGGGUUGUAAAUUUAGAAAUGUAUUUGUUGCAACUGAAAUAAAACAUAUUUUCACAUCCAAAAAUUUUUUUUUAUUUACCUCCUAAGACCUGGUGUUCACAUUUUUUGUUGUUUGCACCAUAAUACUUAACUCUGUGUAACUGGAACCUGUUGUACACAAACGUGGACAAUUACACUGCUUCGAGAGAGAGAGAGAGAGAGAGAGAGAGAGAGAGAGAGAGAGAGAGAGAGAGAGAGAGAGAGAGAGAGCAAGAGAGGUGAUUACACUUCCUGUAAAAGUACCCAUCUGUUUUACCGUUAUUAUCUGUUCAUUGGAAAAAUAAAGAAGACAUUUGACUUUGUUAUGUUAAUCAUUAAGUUUAUACUGUAUUUCUUUGGCUCACACAGCAUGAGAAAUUCAAUACUGUUUUGAGGAUAAUGAUAAGAUUUUUAUAAGACCUAAGGUAUAGUUCAGUGAGGUGACAUGUGUUUGUAAUGUGCUGUAAGCCUGUUUACGGGAGUAUUUUAAGCCUGUGUAGGCCAGAUUUAGCAUUGACAAUUAAAGGGCAGCUAUCCCAGGCUAAAUCCAGAUCUCCUAAACCUCAAAACCUUUCAGAUAUAUCCAGAUGGAAGAGCAUGGAUUGCUUCGCAAAGAAAGUAAGCUAGUUUGACAGCAGAAUUAAGCAACAAACACCAUUGCGGAUAGCUAUACAUAUUGUCUUUGGAGCUUUUCUUGACUGGAUUAGAGAUUUUUGUGGAUUUUUUUCUGUAGGUUUUGCUGAGAGUGUACUUGGAUUUUAUUUCCCCAUGCCACUUUGCUGACCUAUUACAACUGUAUCGGAACACUACACACAAAUGCCAACUACUGUAAGAUAAUGUAGGCAGGACCUGCAUACUGGAAAUCUACAGACAUGGCAGCGGUCCGGAAUUCUGACUUUGAGGAUCCAAACCUGGGGUCGGGACCGGAUGAGGAUGCCUCUGAAAUCUCAUUUUUGGAAGAAGAGUCGGAAUCAGGAUCCCUAUGGUCUGAGGAUUCUGUUCUUCCAGAUUAUGAGAGAGAGGAUGUUAAGACAGGUACAGCCAACACACUGUAUGAAGCUUGUGUCCAAAAUGAUGCACAGGCCCUGAAGAGAGUGUUAGAGCGUGGUGUGACCUAUGAUGAAGUGAUGGAAGUUGACAUGAAUGGAUGGAAUGGGAUGAUGUUUGCUUCAUACAAAGGUUUUCUUCCGAUUGUUUAUGGUCUUCACGCCUGUCCGCAUCUGGAUAUUAACCAUCAAGACAACGAUGGCAACACUGCUCUGAUGAUCGCAGCUCAAGCUGGUCACGCCUCCAUAUGUAAUUACAUUAUGAAUUACUUCCCCGGAGCAGACACAGAGAUCAGAGACAACAGAGGGUUUACCGCUCUCAUUAAAGCAGCCAUGCAGGGCAGGAAUGAUGUGGUGGCAGCUCUUAUAAUGCACGGUGCUGAUGUAAAUGCCGUUGACUCAAACCGUGGUAAAUGUGCACGAGAUUGGGCGCUAAAAACCGGGCGAUUUGACACGCUGCAACGUCUCCGUCGACUUGCGCUACGCCCGAUAGCUGAACAGUUCUGUGAUGCCUACAUCCCAGAGUGGCCAAACCUAAAGAUCCUCGUCGCCAAAGCAACAGCCAAUAAGAGUGCGGGUCAGAAACUGACUCAUAAUCUAAAGAGCACCUUUGGUUUCAGAUUCCCACGGGACCCUCUGGACAACGGUGUCAUGGAUCACAUGGUCAAAAUGACCACCAGUUUACGUAGUCCACUGAUAGCCACGGCCACACGGCCACUGUGCCCAAGCAGCCCUCCAGAGGUGGGCAAACGCCGGUUGGCUGUGCCUGAGUUGGUGCUGAAGCACUCAGAGAAACAGCUGGAGGACAGUUCGCUUAGCCAUCGAAACAACUCCGUUACGUCCAUUUCUCCAUCUGUCCACUCAUCUACAUCUGCUUCUGCGUCCUGCUGUGUUGAUACGCAAAGGCGAGGCAGUGUGCUGUCCAUUGCUCAGUCUGGCAUGCGCACCUUUAUACCUCGUAGCGUUGCAGCGAGACGCAACAGCGUGUUUCCCUCGGGUUGCGUUCCAAAGAUCAGAGUCACCAAAUCUUCUGAGCCCACCCCUAAGAAAGUAAAGAAAAACAAAAGAGAGAAGGGUUACUUAGAGCCUCCGAAGUGGAAGUAUAAAGAAACCAAGAACAAGAAGAAGAAAGAGAAGAAAGCAGAGGAGGAUGAGAAAGAAAAUAAACUGAAAGACAAGUAAAAAGGAAAAAAUUGUGAGCGUUGAGGUGUGCAGGUGUGCAUCUGACUGAGGUCUCAUACACUAUACAUUGAGUGUCAAUGAGGUAUUAAGUGUGAAAUAUUAUGUGGGAAAAUCCUUGCUGAUGGAAUCAAGCAAUGUUACAAUGCAGUCGAAAAUACAAGCAGAGGAAGUGCAUUAUAAAAUCUCAGUAGGGCAUUUCUGUUUCAAGCAGAUGCCUCGUAUCAUUAAAUCAGUUUAAUUGGUAGCAUUAAUGUUGCAGAAAUUACAGUGGUUAUUGUCUCUGACUGGUUAAGUUACAGUUUUUUUCGAUUGCUAAACGCCAAUGGGCACAACUGGAGUCAAAUGUGCAAAACUCUAACUACAGUCUGCACAGCAGCAGUUCAUGUGGACCAAACUCUAGUUCGUUUUUCAUUGCUUGAACACAGUUUUCAAAACUUUACACACUUAUUCCAUGACUUUAACCACAACCUGCACAACACUGUGGAUUUACAGCACUUUGUUCAAAUGCUAACACACUGCUGUCAAAACUGUGAAUCACACAUUCAAAACACAAUUGAUUUCAGCCUUGUGCCUUUCAAACACUGCUGAUUGCAAUUUCAUAUAAAUAUAAAUUCCAAUUUCAUAUAUAUAUUUCAUUUAUAUAUAAUAUUACCUUUCAUGUACUUUAAGUUUCUACCUUUUUUCUCAUUACUGUAAUUCCGUAAAUUACUACAGACAACUGAAGCAAACUGCUAAUUUUCAUUUACCCUAAAAAAUUAUGAUGUUCUAAAAAAAAUAUUGUGAUAAAUCAAUAAAUAAAUCAUUCUUUAAAGAAAACAUUGGUGUGACAUCACUGAAAUUGUUAAAACUGUAAAGAUAUAAAGUUAGUAUUUUGUGUAUU